GCAGAAGGCGGGGUUAUGAGGUCCUCCUGGCAGGGGAAGGCCGGUCGCAGCCCACUUCAGGCCCUGUACGAGAGUGACCAGUUUGAGCAGUCAUCACUACAGGCAGUUCACCAGCAGAGACGGGAGCUGUUGAGCAACAUCUGUAACCGUUACACUCGCAAGCGGCGUCUCCUGCGGCCGGAUGACUUGCGGCACUUGGUGGUGGAUGACACGCAUGGGCUGCUCUAUUGCUACGUGCCCAAAGUGGCCUGCACUAACUGGAAGCGGGUGAUGAUGGUCCUGACAGGGCAAGGCAAGUACCAGGACCCACUGGAAAUCCCCGCCAACGAGGCCCAUGUCUCGUCCAACCUGCGCACCCUCUCCGAGUACAGCAUCCCUGAGAUCAACCACCGCCUGCGCAGCUACCUCAAGUUCAUCUUUGUGCGGGAGCCCUUUGAGCGCCUGGUCUCGGCGUACCGCAACAAGUUCACCCGCAGCUACAACACGGCCUUCCACAAGCGCUAUGGGACCAAGAUCAUCCGGCGGCACCGGCAGGAGCCCAGCGACAAGGCCCUGGAGCGUGGGGACGACGUGCGCUUUGAGGAGUUCGUCUACUACCUGCUGGAUCCACGGACACAGCGGGAGGAGCCCUUCAACGAGCACUGGGAGCGGGUGCACUCACUCUGCCACCCCUGCAUUGUCCACUACGAUGUGGUGGGCAAGUAUGAGACCUUGGCUGAAGAUGCCAACUACAUCCUCCAGCUGGUUGGUGCCGACACGAGCGUCAAGUUCCCAUCUUCAUCCAAGACAACCAGGACGACAGAUGACAUGACGGCCCAGUUCUUCCAGGACAUUAGCCCUUUCUACCAAAGGAGACUCUUUAAUUUAUACAAAAUGGACUACUUGCUCUUCAAUUACUCCAUCCCCUCAUACCUCCGUAUCCGAUGA